UCAGUGUUACAAACAAAUCAAAAAUCCGAAAGCAAUUAAUUAUUUUAACCUUCUCCCCCCUUUCACCGCCCGCGACAACUGAAAGAACAACAACUCCAAUCAAAGAGACCAUUAGAAACGACAUUGGACCUAUCGGAAAAUUACUCCAGUUUCAUAGAAAACGUACUUUCACUUUUGCUCGCCGAAUUAACAAAAACAACACAAACAAAAACAGCAAAAGAGACAAGAAUAAGAGGAAAAACGAGGAACGGUGCGACGAACAAUAUAGCUGAGACGGGGAGGGGUAAAUUGCAAAAAAAGAAAAAGAAGCAAUAGCCGAGCCAAAGAUGAUGAGAAAAUGACUUAUCACCAUGAUCAUUAAGUAUUGAAUAGGAAAGACAUAGAAAACUAGAUAAAGGAUCAGUACAUUUUGGAGUGGGCGUGUUGAAAAGUUGCAAAAAAAUUAAGAGAAAAAACAAAUCAAAACUGGGUCAAAGAAGAAAAAAGAAAAUGGAGAGAAGUCAGAGCACGCAGCAGCCGCCGCCGCCGCCAAUGCGUGGCGGACCGAAUGCCAACAAUGUGAAUAAUAUGAGCGAUGCGGCAGCAGCAACAACAACAGCAACGAUGACAACAACAUCAUCAUCGCUGGCAUCGGGAGCAACUACACCGCCCCCACGAAUCACUAGCGGCAACAACAACAACAACAGCAGCAGCAGCGGCGGUGGCGGUCAUCAUCGCAGUCAUAGCAUAACAAAUGCAGCGGCCACAUCAUUUGUCAAUCUUCUGGACGGAUUCACCGCCCGCGUCUCAACGGCUGUAAGCGUAGCGAGCUCAAGCUCUGGUGGCUUAAUCACUGGGAGCAGCCAAUCUGGUUCAACCAAUUCAUUGGCCUCAUUGGGUACCACAGCGAAUGCAUUUUAUUCAUCAAUCGGUAGUGCCCUAAAUUCAAUAACUUCACCCAUACAAGCAGCUGCAGCUGCUGCCACUGCAACCACUACCGAAGUGGUGGUGGCUGCCGCCUCGGUGAUAACCAAUCACCUGAGCUCACCCACUAGUGGCACACCACCGCAUAGUCUGGCAUUGCAGGGUGGUCAUCAUCAUAAUCAUGACAACGAUGACAUCGAUGAUGACGACGAUGACGAAGAGGAGUGCGACGAUGGCGAUGAGGAGGACGAUGAUGAUGCCAUCGACAAUGAUAGACAUAUAGCCGCUCCCACACCAUCGAAAACCUGGGCAGAGAACAAACAAGUUGUUCAAGAAGUGCGCAAACAGUUGACCCAUUUAUCCACAAUGGUGCCAACAAAUGUACAAUUUCGCAAUCUCUCUGACGGCAGAUGUAGGAUUUAUUUUCUAAGCACACCACCUCAGACUUGGGAGACAACUCUCCUUUUUGCCGAUAUUAAUCUGCCACAGCUGCAAUCGCAACCACAGCAGCAGCACUCCCAUUCCCAUCAUCAUCACCUAUCACAUCAUUAUCAGCAUCCAGAGGAGCAUCAACAGCAGCGAUUGCUGUUGCAACGUGUGGACGGUGGAACUGCGGGCAGUCCCACAGAGCGAUCUGGGCCGAGUUCACCAAUGCCAGUUGAGUUGCCGUUUUAUUUUAAACCAAGAGUCAAUUGGCAUCCGUUGCUAAAGCAACCAAUACCCAGUUCCAGUGCACAUAGCAACGCCAGCAGCUCAUCCACCAGCGGCGGUUCGGCUAGUCCUUAUGCUCGAGAAUUUCAAUUGCUACAAGAACGCAAACGUUUGGCCACCUGGGGCAUUACCUCAUAUGAGUUGCACAAACCUUCGGGCAAGUUAAUAUUUCCCUGCCUUAAUGAUCUGUAUCAGUGUCUGGACACGGGCUAUAAUAGUGGCCUCCUGUUUCCCAGCCAAUUGCGCACGUCGCCCCAAUGGAGUGCUCUGGAUCCACAGAUUUGUCCACAAAACUCUGAUCUAAUUGCGUACAUCAGUGACUGUGAUAUAUGGGUAACGCAUACGCUCAGUGGAUAUGAGAAGCGUCUAACCUAUACGAGCAAUGAGCGUCGAUCGUCGUAUGCCGAAUACGCUUUAAGCGCAGGCGUUCCAUCGUAUGUGAUGCAGGAGGAGUUUAGUCGCUAUCAGGGCUAUUGGUGGCAACCGCACUCCGAUGAUGGCAUCUAUCGCAUUGUCUACGAGGAGGUGGAUGAGACUGAUGUCUCAAUAUACACAUUCCCCUCAUCAACAGCGCAACACGGUGAGGUAGACGAGUAUCGUUUUCCUCGCACUGGCAGCACAAAUGCCAAAUCCAAAUUGAAAAUGGUUCAAUUCGUUUUAAAUGAAGCUCUGCAAGUUAGCGAAAUUUAUGUUAAAGAUUUGCCAUACUCUCUGAUGGCCGUUUUCAGUUGGUUGGAAUAUAUCGUACGUGUAGGAUGGACACCGGAUGCCAAUUACGUUUGGGUCCAGGGAUUGGAUCGUAAACAGCAACGUUUGGAUGUAAUACUGAUACCGAUGGAUAACUUUUGCGAAUCCUAUAGCAGCCAAGUGUCGACUCCAACCGAUUCAAUUGGUGAUCACAGUUGGCGCAGUCCCUACAAUCGCACCAUAACGCCGUUGCAAGUGAUCUACACUGAACAGCAACUAGAUAGUUGGAUUAAUAUCCACGAUCUAUUAUAUUUUCUUGAAAUCAAUGAGACUAGUGUCACUUUUCUGUGGGCCUCUGAAGAGACUGGCUUUCGACACUUAUAUUUGAUUACAUCGAGUCUGUUGCUAACACAUGCCAAUGGUGCAGGUGCAAGUGCAGGCGAUCAAUCAACUGAGGCGGCUGGAGCUGGCGGUGGACCCUCAGUGUCAGCACAUCAACCGGGAUUUGUUGAGCAGGCAGCUCUGCAGCCGCGUCUAAUUAACAAAGUCGCAUUGACCAGCGGCGAAUGGGAGGUACUUGCUCGAAACUUAUGGGUGGAUAAGCCCAAUCAAUUGGUCUAUUUUGUGGGCCUUCGCGAUACACCGCUUGAAAAGCAUCUCUAUGUAGUUAGUCUGCAAAGGCCCGAGCAUAUACGUUUGCUAACUGAACCAGGAUAUUCAUAUCUGGUGGAAUUUGAUGAUCAAUGUCAAUUGGUCUUAUUAGUAUACUGUAAUAUCCAACGUUUGCCCAGCUGCAAAGUGAUGCGUGUGACUCAAACCUGUCAAAACGGCGGUGUCAAUGGCAUUCAAAUCUCUUUGGUUGGCUAUCUGCACGAGGGUGAUAAACCGGAACCACAGUAUUGUCCACAAAUCUUUCGCCCGCAAUUGUCAUCAGGUGACAUUGUCUAUGCCAUGGUCUUUAAGCCUCACAAUUUCGAAUUGGGCGUUAAAUAUCCAACAGUCCUGAAUGUUUAUGGUGGACCCGAGGUGCAAACUGUCAACAAUACAUUUAAGGGUAAACAUCAAUUGCGUAUGCAUAUGCUGGCGGCCCAAGGUUACUGUGUAAUCUGCAUUGAUUCACGCGGUUCCCGGCAUCGAGGCAAACGUUUUGAAAGUCAUAUACGUGGUCGUAUGGGUCAGGUGGAACUAAACGAUCAGGUAGAUGCUUUACGGAUAUUGGCUGAUCAAUUGGGUUACAUUGACAUGGAACGUAUAGCAAUACAUGGCUGGUCCUAUGGUGGCUAUCUAAGUUUAAUGGGCCUGGUACAGUAUCCACAUAUAUUUAAAGUAGCCAUUGCCGGGGCGCCGGUUACCAAUUGGGAGUAUUAUGAUACUGGUUAUACGGAAAGAUACAUGGAUUUGCCACAACACAAUGAAUCUGGCUAUUCAGCCGGCUCAGUGCUCAAUUAUGUGCAAUCAUUUCCAGAAGAGGAUAAUCGCUUGCUUCUUAUACAUGGUCUGAUUGAUGAGAAUGUGCAUUUCUAUCAUACCUCACGACUGAUCAGUGCUUUGAAUAAGGCAAACAAACCCUAUGCCCUACAUGUAUUUCCCGAGGAGCGACAUUCGUUGCGCAAUCUGGAAUCGAAUAAAAAUUAUGAAACGAAAUUAUUAGCAUUCUUGCAAAACUUAUGAGAUUGGCAAUUGAAAACGUAAAAAUAAUAUAAUGAGGGACAAACCGACCUUCUUUAAAUGAUAAUAUUGCUGCCCUGUCAUCCCUUUUUAACUACCGUUCGCCCCUUUA